AUGGGCCACGGAAACUCCAACAAACUGUACAUCACCCAUGCCGAGCACGCUGGUCUGCAUGGCUCGCACUCUUCCUCGGUGGGAUACAAGGCGAAAGCCGAAGCUCCACAUCCAGGAACAAGGACUCCGUUCGACUGCUGUGCUCUUUCCUUCCAACCAUUCACGCACCCCGUCUGCGCUAGAAAUUCAGAUGGCACAGGCACUGUCUACGACCUUGUCAACAUUAUUCCGUGGCUCAAGCAGCACAACAAUACCGACCCCAUAACGAAGCAGCAGCUGCAAGCGUCCGACCUGAUCACCCUCCAUUACUCGAGAAAGGAGGCCUCCGGUGAAAUACACGACCCCAUUUCCUUCAAGCCCUUCAGCGAACACUCUCACAUUGUCGCAAUCGCAACCACUGGCAACGUCUUUCUGGCCGAGAGUAUCAAGGGUGGGAAGGAUCUAGUUGCUGAUGUGCCCUUCAAGAAGACCGAAGUUAUCACGUUGCAGAAUCCUCAUGGUCUGCCACCCGCCUCCAUUCCCAAUGCAGUAGCGGAGGCAAAGACCACGAAGGCGGCAGAACCCGCGAAUGCAAAGCCAGCCCCUGCAGCUCCAAUUGCAGCAUUGAAAGCGAAAGAGGCUGUUCCUUGGAAUAUUUCGCCUUACUCGAGUGGUAUGGCUGGAGCUUCGUUGACAUCUACGUCCAUGGAUGCAUCGCAAGCAUCGAGUUCCAAGCUGCUAUGGGAUGAAGAAGAGCUCAUGUUCGAAGACAUCUCAAAACCGCUUAAAGGGAAGGGGAAAGAGAAAGACCUUGGCAAACGACGGGCGUACGUCCGGGUGGUCACAAGCCUCGGUGGUGGAAGUCUGAAUUUGGAACUUUACUGUGAAAAGGCGCCCAAAACAUGUUAUAAUUUCUUAAUGCUCGCUCGAGCUGGGAAGUACAAUAAUUGUCUCUUCCAUCGACUUGUACCAGGAUUCAUGAUCCAAACCGGUGACCCCACGAGUACCGGAUCUGGCGGCGAAUCGUACUGGGGGACCCCUUUCCGUGAUGAGCAUGAUCUUAAAGGUGCUGCAAAGCAUGAUAGUCGUGGAAUCCUCGCCAUGGCGAAUAAAGGCUCAAAUACGAACGGGUCGCAAUUUUACUUCACAUUCAAAGCGGCGCCACAUCUCGACAAGAAGCAUACAGUGUUUGGCAAGCUAGUCGGUGGCGAAGAGGUUCUUGAUACGCUAGAGAAGCUACCAAUAAAGCCUGGAACGGAAAGGCCAGCGAAGACUGUCCGAAUAACAGAGGUUAUUAUUUACCAAGAUCCAUUUGAGAAUUACAAGAAGCGUCUUGCCAACAAACUGGCCAAGCGAGCGGAAGCCGAUAAGCCCGGUGCUGCACUGACAGAGGAAAAAAAGGACGAUGUGAACUGGUUUGGAGUCAAAGUUGGCUCGAACACUUCCGCUCUCGACUUUGGCGGCCCUGGGACCGGAGGCGUUGGUAAAUACCUAAAUCUGAAACGACCGUUAAAUGUGCCAGGAGGUGGUGGAGAGGACAGCAAGAAGAAACGGAAAACCGGCUUUGGAGACUUUGAAGGAUGGUAG